AUGACGUACGGCGAGUGGCGUCGGGCCCUUGUACCGAAAACGCGUGGUUCUCGCAACCUCCUCGCUCAGCUGUGGCCGGGUGACGAGCCUUUCUUCAUUCUACCUUCUUCGAUUACGGGCAUUAUUGGAAACACUGCUCAGUCAAAUUAUGCGGCGGGCAAGACAUUUGAAGAUGCACUGUCUCAACACGCACACCAUCAUCUCGGCAUUCGCGCCACUGGCAUCGACCACGGCUGGAACGUCCUGCAGACCAUCCUUGAAGAGCUUCGACUUGCUCCGAUGGCGGUAAUGCGUGGAACGGCGGCCAAUGGCCAACCCGUUCCUGCCCAGUUCGUCCUCGGCCUUGGAAACAAGGUGGUGUACAAGUCUGGCAGCACGGGAUUUGAGCUUGACGCGAUGGAAAGCUUGGCCUACGCUGUUGACGACACGCUCAAGAAAGCAACGUCUUUUGCGGAGGCGGCUGCCACUUUGGAGUUGAGCUUGAGGAAACAAAUUGCCAUUUCUAUCGGCGUUCAUUCUGACCAGGUGGAUGUUCAACGACCUCUGCCUGAGUUUGGCGGCAAGUAUUGUUACUCCUUGACGGCCGUCAAGAUUCGCAACAGGACUCUCAAGGAGAUGAGGAGCGAAAUUUCGGUGUUUGAGCUGUUGAGCUCUACGCCAAUGGCAGAUUUGGCAGUCAAGAUUGCAUCACGAAGUGAGCUUCCCUCAGAUGCGAGACUUGAGACAAUGGUCUCAGUGCAUUUUAUGUUUCAAGUGAUUGUUGAGAAAUAG